GAGUGGCGAUGGCGGUGCGGCGCUGAAGCAGGUUGAGCAGUUCAAAGACACGAUCGUUUCGUACAUUCGACAAGGUGCUGAUCAGUGCAAAGGCACCAGUUUCGUAUGCCAGCGUAGCGGAUCUGGGCGACUUCUUGCGGCGGUUCGUUGCAGCGGACUUCGACAAGCUGUUCAAGCCGUCGAUUACCAAGAUGCUGCUGCGGUCACCGGAAGCUGUGCUGCCGACGUGCUACUGGCUGCUGAAGUGUCUGAGCAACGAUGUUGAUCUGGCCGCAGUAUACAUUGACAUGUUUGCUGACCAGAUCGCCAGCAACCUGCUCAAGAGCUCAAAGGACAAGGUGCGCGAGACCGCUGCCCUGCUGUUUGAGUCGCUGGCCAGCACACCGCGCUCGAUCGAGGAUGCCACCAAGGCGGCCGAGAUUGCCACCAAGCCGCUGACUGCCGGCCGCUACACGCAGGCAGACCACCGCGUAGGUGUUCUACAAUCUGCUGGGCAGUGUGCGCGCCGGGCCUGGCAACGGGUGGGCGUCGUCGGUGGCGAUCUUGCCUGCUCUGCUGAAGAUGACAGCCAAGGAGACGCAGGAGGCGCCUGUCAACGCAGUACUCAGCGCUAUUGGCAGCCAUGUCAGCGUUGUAAUCGAGUAUCUGCGCACGGCCGAGGCUGGUGCUGACGGUGCUGCGCAGUGUGAAGAGGCGCUGAAGGCGUUCUCGGACGCAGCCAAGAAGGGCCUGGCGCUUCCGGACAAGUCGGCGCUGGUGC